AUGUCGGCUCGAACCUACGACCCCACGGUUCCUCCACCCUAUGCAACCCUCAGUGAACGGGUUGUGGUGCCCCGAACCGAAGAUUCUUCCGUCGCAGAGAUAAGCGGCAAUGAUCUGCCGGGUUUGGUCACCUAUGCGCUGCAGAAUAAUCCCCGCAUUACUUCAGCCAUUGCGCAAUAUGAAGCGGCCAAAACCCAGGUAACGCAAGUCACCGCCCUGCCGGAUCCAAAGUUGAGCUAUCGACAUUUCCUGGAAGAAGUAGAAACCCGGGUGGGGCCGCAGCAAUACGCGAUUGGCAUCUCACAAUCACUACCCUGGCUGGGAAAGCUGCGUCUGCAGGGUGAGGUUGCCUCACAGCAGGCACACGCCGCCGCCGCGCGCAUAUCAACUAUCCAGAACGAAGUCAUCGCCGAAGUUGCCAGCGCCUGGUAUGAACUGUAUUACUUCAAUCGCGCCCUGCAAAUCAUGCAAGGCAACCGAGACCUGGUAGUGCAUCUGGAACGUGUGGCGCGUACGCGCUACAGCACCGGCGCGGCUGGUCAUCCGGAUGUUAUUCGUGCCCAGGUCGAGCUGGGGAAAAUUGAGAAUGACCUGGCCAGUCUGUCUGAUCGUAAAAGACCGCUGUUAGCCCGUCUGAAUGCGGCGCUUAACCGUCCUAGCCACAGCUCCAUUGAAAUGCCAAAAGAUGCACCCGUGGUGCGGAUGCCACGCCAGGAUACUCAGAUUAUCGCUGGUGUUGCCAACAACAAUCCUGAGCUGCACGCGCUCGCCUUCGAUAUCGCAAGCGCAACGGCAGCAAAAGAACGGGCAAACAAAGAUUUUCUGCCUGACUUUUCCUUCGGCAUAGAUUACAUCGCGACAGGCAACGCGCGCGCUCCGAACGUCGCGGGAAGUGGUGAUGAUCCUGUUUCAGCCGCAUUUACGAUGACGCUGCCCAUUCAACGCGGCAAGUACCGCGCCGGGGUUCAAGCGGCACAAGCGCGUAUCGUUGGCGAACAAGCCCGGCGGGAUCAACACCUGAACAGUCUGGAAGCAUCGACGGUCAACGCCCUUUUCAGGCUGCGGGACGCCGAGCGCCAGAUAGAUCUGUAUCAAAACACACUCCUGCCCAAAGCCAAUGAAUCGUUAGUUGCCACGCAACGCGCCUAUAGCUCGGGCGGCUCUACCUUUUCGGAUCUGAUCGACGCACAGCGGGUGUUGCUGGUGUUUGAGCUGGCCGAAGUGCGCGCGAUUACCGACCACAACCUGGCCCGGACAACGUUGGAACAGCUGAUGGGCGCACCCUUCGACGCCGCCGACACCAAAAGGGAGCAACAUGAUGGACUUUAG